AUGGACAGGACUGGUUCACGACUUCUGCUGGUGGAUAAUGAUUUCCUGGAUAGUGAAAGUGGAGGUGAAUCAUCGUCUGGUUAUGAAUCCAGCGACUCUUCCAAUAUAUCACGUGACUCAAGCCCCGCACCUUCUCGUCUGCCCCGCCCCUCAACCCAGAACGAAGUGAUGAUCUUCAAAAGCAGCGCCGGUCUUCAGGAUAGCCUUGCUUUUAUUCUCAGCAUGCCCGAGCUGUGUGACGUCACUUUCCUUGUUGGCAAAGAUCAAGUUCCGGUUCAUGGGGUCAAGGCCAUUCUCGCAACACGUAGCAGGUCUUUAUAUCAACUGGUCCUACACCAUCAGAGACAGUUGGAACUAACAAAGACUGCCAAGAAGAGAUUCAAGAAACAAAAACACUCUCCCUACCCGAUCACGCUCGUCAUCCACGUCCCUGACUACCAGGUGGAGACAUUCAGAAGGUUCAUCACCUUUGUCCACUCGGGCAAGGUCAAGGUCGACGUCAACCACGUUGUCGGUCUUCUUUGCGCAUCAGAAGAGUUCCGACUUCCUGAUCUCCGCACUGCUUGCACGGAUUUCAUAGACAGAUGUCAAGGUCAUCGACAGAUAGAAAACCUCAGAGCAACAGCCAGGCAGUAUCCACAAAAAAUACCUGCUCAAAGGCUACUAGCUGAGUUUCCAUGAAAAUCAAGCAAUGACCUAUAUGUACAAGAUUAAAGGUUAGACAACCACAUAAGGUUCCUAUCGACGCAGAAAAACCCGAGAUGGCAACGAUAACAUGAGCGAACAGG